GCACACAGACGCUCACGUCCUUUCCAACGUUCUCGCUACCAUCCUUCCGCUCUCUCGCUUUUCUUCCUCACUAUGUCUUCUCCAAGAUCACCACGGCUCGUUGACUCGUUCACUGCCCCGAGGGAGGUGCUGCAGGAAUUCGCCGACAUGGCGGAGGAGGAGGACAUCGACCCUUUCGCCGAGACGGCCUCGAAGCGGCAAAUCGCGUCUCGCCAGUCAGACUACCACAACCGGAGGUUCAACCGCCACGCAAACGAGAGCGCAGAUGCCUUCCAGGCCUCCGCAGAAGGCGAGGAGGGAGACGUCGGUGGUUACAAAGAGGCGAUGAGGCUGCAACGGCUGGAGAAGGAGGAGGAGCGGGUGAGGAGGGCGAUAUCGGACAAGGAGAAGCAGGCGCGGGAGGAGGGCCAGUCGAAGAUGGACCUCGACAAGACUCCUCCCCGCGAAGAACUCGAGGAGGCACAGAAGGAGCUCGCCGCCCUCUCAGCAAGCACGAAGCGCAAGCGGCGCUGGGACAUCGAGGAGCCAGCGAACGGCAAGGAGGAGGACAAGGAGAACAAGGGUGAGUGGUCAAAAGAGGCUCUCGAGGGCGCUGCGCCGAAGAAGCGGCGGUCUAGGUGGGAUGCGACCCCUGCCGACGUCGCGGGCGAAACUCCUGGCGGAAAGCGGUCGCGCUGGGACCAGGCACCCGCCGCCGCCCCGGAGGUGGCCAUGACUCAAAUCAUCAUGAACGCGCCUGGCUUCAUGCACGAGGACAAGCACAAUCGGUACCUCACCGACGAAGAGCUGGACGCCCUCCUACCCUCUGCUGGUUAUGUUAUCGUCACUCCCCCUCCUGGCUAUGCACCCCUCGUCCGACCACCCAAAUUGACCGCCACGCCUGUAACCGAGGUUGGUGGGUUCCAAAUCCAAGAGAGCUCAGAUGCUGCGGCAAUGGCCGCCGCCGCGGGUCUUGCGCCAGAGCUUCCCACCGAAAUUCCUGGCGUUGGCAAUCUUGCGUUCUUCAAGGCGGAGGACGCUCAGUACUUCGCGAAGAUCUUGAAAGAGGAGGACGAGACGGAGAUGUCUGUGGACGAAAUGAAGGAGCGCAAGAUCAUGCGGUUACUCCUGAAGAUCAAGAACGGCACCCCUCCCGUUCGAAAGACCGCUCUUCGUCAGAUCACGGACAAGGCUCGUGAGUUCGGUGCGGGUCCCCUGUUCGACAAGAUCCUGCCUCUACUCAUGGAGCGGACCCUGGAGGACCAGGAGCGGCAUCUGCUGGUCAAGGUCAUCGACCGUGUCCUCUACAAGCUCGACGACCUCGUCCGACCCUACGUCCACAAGAUUCUCGUCGUCAUUGAGCCUUUGCUUAUCGACGAGGACUACUACGCCCGUGUCGAGGGUCGUGAGAUCAUUUCGAACCUGUCCAAGGCAGCUGGUCUCGCCCACAUGAUUUCCACUAUGCGUCCCGAUAUCGACCACGCGGACGAGUAUGUGCGUAAUACCACCGCCCGUGCGUUCUCUGUCGUUGCGUCCGCUCUCGGUAUCCCCUCGUUGCUCCCCUUCUUGAAGGCCGUCUGUAGGAGCAAGAAGUCAUGGCAAGCCCGCCACACCGGUAUCCGUAUCGUCCAGCAGAUCGCCAUUAUGAUGGGUUGCGCCGUCCUCCCUCACUUGCGGAACCUCGUGGACUGCAUCGCGCACGGCCUCCAGGACGAGCAGACGAAGGUGCGGACGAUGACCGCGCUGGCUCUGGCCGCCCUUGCCGAAGCUGCCGCCCCGUACGGUAUCGAGUCCUUCGACAACGUGCUGAAGCCGCUCUGGGUCGGCAUUCGUCUGCACCGCGGCAAGAGCUUGGCGGCGUUCCUGAAGGCGAUUGGCUUCAUCCUGCCGCUCAUGGACCCAGAGUACGUGCAGUACUAUAUCAAGGAGGUCACCAUCAUCCUCAUCCGCGAGUUCCAAACCUCGGACGAGGAGAUGAAGAAGAUCGUGCUGAAAGUCGUGCAGCAGUGCGCGGCGACGGAGGGCGUCACCGCGCAGUACAUCAAGCAGGACAUCCUGCCCGACUUCUUCAAGGCGUUCUGGGUGCGCCGCAUGGCGCUCGACCGCCGCAACUACCGCCAGGUCGUCGAGACGACCGUUGAGCUUGCGCAGAAGUCUGGGGUGGCGGAGAUCGUGGGCCGGAUUGUCAACGACUUGAAGGACGAGGCGGAGCCGUACCGGAAGAUGGUCAUGGAGACUAUCACGAAGGUCGUCGCGUCCCUUGGUGCCUCCGACAUCGACGAACGCCUUGAAGUGCGCCUCGUCGACGGUAUCAUCUAUGCCUUCCAGGAGCAGACUACGGAGGACCAGGUCAUGUUGGACGGUUUCGGUACCGUCGUUAAUGCGCUUGGUAUCCGUGUGAAGCCGUACCUCACUCAAAUCGUCUCGACGAUUCUGUGGCGUCUCAACAACAAGAGCGCUAAGGUCCGUCAACAAGCCGCCGACCUCACGACGCGCCUCGCUGUCGUCAUCAAGCAGUGUGGAGAGGAUCAGCUUCUCAGCAAGCUCGGUCUCGUGCUCUUCGAACAGCUCGGUGAGGAGUACCCCGACACUCUUGGUAGUAUCAUCGCCGCCGAGGGAGCUAUUGCCAACGUUGUCGGUAUGACACAGAUGAACCCUCCUGUGAAGGAUCUUCUCCCCCGCAUGACCCCUAUCCUUCGUAACCGACACGAGAAGGUGCAGGAGGCGACUAUCAACUUGAUUGGCCGUAUCGCCGAUCGUGGUGCUGAGUUCGUUCCCGCUCGCGAGUGGAUGCGAAUCUGUUUCGAGCUCCUGGACCUGCUGAAAGCGCACAAGAAGGGUAUCCGACGUGCGGCGGUGAACUCGUUCGGUUACAUCGCGAAGAGUUUGGGUCCGCAAGACGUCCUGCAAGUGCUGCUCACGAAUCUGCGCGUGCAAGAACGUCAGAGUCGUGUUUGCAGUACCGUCGCCAUCGCCAUCGUCGCGGAAACUUGUGGACCGUUCACAUGUAUACCCGCCAUCCUGAACGAGUACCGGACAGCGGAACUCAACGUCCGCACCGGUUGUCUGAAGGCGCUGUCCUUCGUCUUCGAGUACGUCGGCCCCCAGUCCGCGUACUACGCCGACUCCGUCGUCACCAUGCUCGAAGACGCGCUCACCGACCGCGACCUCGUCCAUCGCCAAACGGCAAGCACGAUCGUCAAGCACCUUGCGCUUGGCGUCGCCGGGCUCGGCUGCGAAGACUCGAUGCUGCACCUCAUGAACCUCGUCUGGCCGAACUGCUUCGAGACGUCCCCGCACGUCAUCGGCGCGGUCAUGGAGGCCGUCGAGGCGAUGCGCGUCACACUCGGCCCUGGGGUGCUCCUCAGCUACACGCUCCAGGGGCUCUUCCACCCCGCGCGGAAGGUGCGCGAGGUGUACUGGCGCGUGUACAACUCGCUGUACCUCGGCGCGGAGGACGCGCUCGUGCCGUUCUACCCGGACCUGGGCGAGCUCAGCGAGGGCCAAAAUGUCUACGAUCGCCACCCGCUGCAGAUGUUCAUCUGAGGGGCGUUAUAAUGUUAUGUUGUAGGAUAGGUUUCUCGUGCUGUGUAUGCGUACUUUAGGUCUCCUUAUUGCAACUAUGGUCUUGUCCGAUUC